AUGGAUUCAAGACAGGAUCAGGAUCGUUCUUUGACCAACACCACCGCGCAGACCGAGAUCGAAAAAGUCGCCUCACUGCGCCUAAUUGCCGACAGUGUCGCCCAGCAGCGUCAGGUCGCCGCCAAUGCACUCAUUCGGCAUCCGCUCUGGCUGGGACUCAUGACAAUAGCCCUCGCAGUCACUUACCAAUGCCUCCAUACAGAUUGCAGUGACUGGCCCAUCAUCCUCAUGACAUGGACCGGAUGCAUAAUGACCGGUCUCACAGUCGUUCGGUUCCUUACUGCUCCGUACCUCGACCAGGCGGAGAAGACCGGGACAUGGAAGUGGCUAUACGAUGGAAUCGAGAAAUCUGGGGACAAGAAUAAAAAGACCGAUCACAUUCUCAUUACGAAAUUUGGCAGCGAGAUUGUUGGAGUUCUGGUGUUGCGUCCGGUCUACACACGGUCAGAGCUGAAGUCGCAUAUCCAGGGAGCACAAGAGAUGGGUACUCAGACGGCACAGGAAGCCGAUGACGUGGAGUGCAGCACUAGUGGCUUUGGUGUUAUAAAAUCGGGUAAAAAUCUUAUUUGGGUGGAUAUCGAAUGUAUCAGAAACCGCAAUUGA